CUCUCAGCGAAUAACGAGUCCGGGUGGAUCUUUAUUUUGUAAGGAGCCGACGGCCUGUCUGAAAGUCGCUGGCUUGACAGCAGUCGGAGCUGUGAGAGUGGAAAAGGUCGUCUGCCGCGUUAGGCCACAUUAAGCAAGACGCAGCUGGAUGAACGGACGUGGUGUGCUUUGCAUGUGCAUGUUGCCGGUCAUUGUGGUGUAGGCUGUCCUGUUAUGGGCGCACAGAAGGCUGCAUGCUUUAGUCAAAAAAUCACGAAUCACUGUUAAGUAACGGACGCUCAGGAGGCUUACUGCUGGUCUCAUUAUAUCAUCAGUGAGGAUUCAAAUCUGAGGAUAAAUUCACUCGUCGGACUUCUUUAGAACCGAGUCCAUUUUUCUUUACUCUGAUUUGUUACCUUUUAGAUGUGAUACAGUGUCGUCCGAUUGUGAUUGGCAAAAAUCGUCACUUUACUCUCAUCGCCAAUAAACUCCGAUGGAUCCCGGCGCCGAGAAUUUAAAGAUGCCAUCUGAUGAGAGAGAUAAUGCUCUGAAGCCUUUAGAUCCCAAAGUGGUCUCCGAGAAGAUCGAGGACGCAGAGGCGCAGAGACCCACAUGGAGCGGGCGCAUGGAGUUCAUCCUUGCAACGGUGGGCUACGCGGUGGGGCUGGGCAACGUCUGGAGGUUUCCCUACCUGUGCUACAGCAGCGGUGGAGGUGCCUUCAUGAUCCCUUAUCUCAUCAUGGUUAUGCUGUGUGGCUUUCCUCUGCUCUUCAUGGAAUUUGCCAUUGGCCAGUAUACUCGUUUAGGGCCCGUGCAUGCUUUCACCAAAAUAUGUCCUUUGUUAAAAGGUGUUGGUUUGGCCACAGUCGUUAUCUCCUUUGUGUUCUCCACGUACUACAAUGUGCUCAUGAGCUGGGCACUUUACUAUUUGUUCAACUCAUUCGGAGCAACUCUCCCCUGGAUUUCCUGCAACAACACCUGGAAUGCUGUCGGAAACUGUUCCAGUGGUUUCACCGGCAAAAACAACACCAAACUGCAGUCCGCCAGCCAACAAUUCUUUGAUUACAGGCUUCUGGAGAAAACCAAUGGCAUUGAAGAAGCCGGUGGACUUCGCUGGGAACUCUUUGGCUGCCUCCUAGCUGCCUGGGUCAUCGUGUAUUUAUGCAUAUUUAAAGGUGUCAAAUCUACUGGCAAGGUUGUGUAUUUCACUGCUGUAUUUCCAUACUUCAUCCUGUUUGCCCUGCUCAUUAAUAAUGUGCAGCUUCCUGGGGCCAAGAAUGGUAUCCUCUACUUUUUGACACCUGUCUGGAGCAAAUUGUUUGAAGUGAAGGUUUGGGUUAAUGCAGCUGCCCAGGUGUUUAACUCCAUUGGAAUAGCAUUCGGCUCCAUGAUAUCGAUGGCUAGUUACAACAAGUUCAACAACAACGUUCUGAGGGAUGCUUUCAUUGUAUCAUUUACCAACUCAUUUACGAGUAUCCUGGCUGGCUUUGUGAUCUUCUCAGCUAUUGGCUACAUGUCUCAUAUACAUAACCUUCCAGUGGACAACAUAGCUACAGAUGGUCCUGGUUUGGUGUUUGUUGUGUACCCUGAAGUCCUCUCCACCAUGCCCGUCUUUCAGCUGUGGGCCCCUCUGUUUUUCUUUAUGCUGCUGUGUCUGGGCCUGGACAGCCAGUUUGCCACAGUUGAGGUCGCCAUAACCUUCAUAAAAGAUGAGUUUGGCCCGGAAAUUUUUCAUUUCCUGAAGAGACAAGAGCUGCUGACCCUGAUUGUGUGCCUCAUCUGCUUUAUCCUGGGGAUUCCUCAUAUCACCCAGGGAGGUAUCUAUGUGUUUCAGCUGAUGGACCACUAUGCAGCCGUUGUUUCCCUCAUGUUCCUGGCUUUCUUUGAAGUUAUAGCUGUCUGCUGGAUCUUUGGUGUCUCAAGAAUCUCUUCAAUGAUCACGAGGAUGCAAGGGAAAAAACCAAACAUCUACUUCCGUCUCUGCUGGCUGCUGCUCUGUCCUAUGUUGGUGCUGUGUAUACUGAUCUCCAGCAUUGCCCAGUACACUCCUGCUCGCUAUGGGAAGUACACAUACCCUGUGUGGGCUGAAUGGGUGGGCUGGGGCAUCUCACUGGUCUCCAUAGUGUGGAUCCCAAUUGGAGCCAUUCAAGAAAUCUAUAAUAACAAAGGCUCAUUUCUUCAGAGACUUAUCAAAGCUAUGACCCCCACAAUAGACCUGGAUGCUGAGGUUUGGGAGCUGGAAAAACAAAACCAAGACAACCCAGUGUCUGAAACCUGGUUGACUUCAGUGGCAUGACCAGGAGUACAGCUCAAGCCAUAUCUGUGCAUCUGUAUGUACCAAAACUUGUGAUAAGGUGUUUAAAGCAGGAUGCUGUGUAGACCUUUAUUAGCAAUAUUUAAGCUCCUAUCAUAAAAUUUUAAUUAUAUCCAAUUUGUCCUACCAAAGGAGGGCUUCUUUACUGUGUCAUAAGCCCAUGUUACACUUGUGGUACCAAAACUCACCCACUUACAGUUAGGCAGUUGACUUCAUUAGCAUUAAAACUCAAAAACACCCCUUCAUCAUGUACAAAAUAUAUAAUCAAAAUCUGAGAUUUUUUCCACCAACUAAAGGUUAAUUAAUUUUAGGUAUGAGUCCUCAUGUGGCCUGUGGACUAUGCACAUGCUCAUACCACCCAAGGACAGAGAGUUAAAUGAUUAUUUAUUCCCUUUUGUUGAUUACUCAGUAAAAAAAAAAGCCUAGUGUAUGCAGUGACUUUCUGUUGCAAUGUGCAAUAAAUGUCAGCGAGUUGGUGUGAUGUAAGAGUGUAUUACUCAUCUAUGACAGGGGCACUUGGGAUCUUAUUAACUUUUUAGCUUCAUACUUCUGUGGACUGAGUCCUUGAAAGGCCACAGUUCUGAUCUGAUGCAUGAAGGGGCUAAAAGAGACCAGUCCCAUUUGAAAGUCUCCUCCAAAUGCAGCCUUCUUUGUUUUAACCAGUGUAUUCUUUAUGGCCUCACCCAUAAUGCAUUGUGCUGUUCUGUUGUUUCAUGUGGCAUUGAUCCCCAUCUAUUUGUGAAGCUGAGAAAUGUCGGUUAGAUAUAGAAGAUUAGAUAGAAUCUCUAAAACUGCUGCUUGUUCAUGAUAGCAGCCUGGUGUAUUGUUAUUCCAAUACAUAAGAGAAAAGCAGAAGUAAACCAUAACCCUUUUGAAGUACAUUGCCCUAAUACAUGAGAAGUUUAGAUCUCAGAGAGGACAGACAGUCUCAUGUUGGUAGGUGGAGUAGGUUCCCUGAACCUGUAAAGUUAGUCGUGAGCCUUCAGAGGAUCUGGCCUCCGAAGUGGAACACAAGUAGAGUAGAAGAGAGCUGCAGACAUUUAAGUGUUAGGAGACAUUUUAGCAUGUAUUUUCCUUAACCUUCCAUAACCUGCCUGAACAUCACAAACUCAAGAAAAAAAAACAAAAAACAACCUUGAACACACAUAAGCUGUUGUUGAGAUGUUCAACUAAAAACAGUAUAAACAAAAGCAGAACUAGACAAAUAUCAUUUUGUUCAAAUUACAGACAUAGCUAUUGUUCAGUUUGUGGAUUUUCCUGAAGUGCACUGUGUUAACAUUGCAGAUUUUGCUGCGAAGCUUCAAAAAGUUGUGACCAUCACUAGUGUUUACUUAUCUCCCAUGCAAUAGUGGGUUAUUGAUUAAUGUGAUCAGAGGAGGUUAAUGUUAUACCCACAUGCACUGAGUUCAAAUGGGAGUGAAUGAGUGCUUGGAUUCUGUCUGAUCUCCAGUUUGAGGACUAUGUUUGUUUUAUUCACCAGUAAAGCAUUUGGCAUUAUUCCUAACUAAUUUGGAGUGGGCAACUCUUAGUUUUACAGAUUAUAAAUGGUGCCUUUGAUCUGCAUGUAUAAAGCUGAAUUGGGCUAAUGAGGGCAGAUAAUCUUUGUGAGAGCAACAGUUACGUGGUAAUCUGGUCUCCAUUCAGAGCUACACAUUCUACUGACCCGGUAACAGACAAGCACACCAAGGAGGAAAUGUUGUUUAUCUUAACUCAAGCUACGGCUGUGAGAUUGUACACUAGUGAUGAGUAAUGUUUUUAAGCUUUGGGUUAGUGUAUUACGUAGAUGAUCUGCCUCAAAUAGAAAUGACCAUGUGAGAUAUGUGUAAAUCAAGAAGCCACACUUUCCAGUUGUUGUGAACUGCAAACCCUUAUUGGCCUUUUGCUGUCUUACGGGGCACUACAAGCCCUCAUUUAGGAGUGCCUUUUUAUCCAAAGAUAAAACGAUUGCUCUAAUGAUAGAUGCUGUGUAGGACGUUUGAAUAGGAUUUAAAAAUGCAAGGAACAAUUUAAGAUAUUUCUCAACUAUGUUACAUGCAUUUUACACUUUAUUCUUUAUUACUAUUGAAAGAUGAUUGUUUUCAUACUUGUAGAAGAAACUGAUCUGUGCAAAAGAAUCCAUUAAUCCCCUGUUUAAAAAGUCUUUUUUUUCACAAGAGGAGAAUCAUUGAAUCCAAUGUUGCCUGCCUCAAGUGCCUUUCAUGAUUUUUUUUGUUGUUUUUUUUUUUUACAUUUUUAGAUAAUCUGUAUUUAACAAGAUAUCCAAAACAUUUAUUUAAGAUCUUGCACUCUGUCUGUGUUGUUGUAAACUGCAUUAUUUUUGCUUUGUUAUGAAUUGUAUCAGCUGUUUAUAUAUGCAAGGAUGAUUUAGAAGCACUUUAACAACAUAAUAGAUUGCUGUUUACACUUUUUAGCACUUGGACUUAGGAAUUGUAAUUGGAUAUUAACAUAACUGUGCUUUUAAAACCCUUCAGUGAUUGUCACUUUUAGAAAUGUACAAAAUCAGGGCUGAGACACAGUAAAGGUCAUCUCAGUCUAACACCACACCUGCAGAUUACUGCUUGGUUUCAGAUGAUGCUCCCUUGUCUGAGGUCUUACUCAUCAUUGAUGUUAGCUGCUGCAGUUUGUCGCUGAGUGAAAACCUGAAGGCUUUCAUUGCUUUGUCAAACACGACUGCUCCUCUCUCGUGUCAAAUAUUCUAUCGUAACAUGCAAAGCACUUCCAUCACUGUUAUAUAGUUUUUUAAAGCUCAGUGCUAUUUCGUAAUAUGCUGUGAGCACAGUGGAACCUGCACGCUCACACACAUCAACAGUGAACAUGCUACAAGACUUUAUACAACAUAACUGUGCGUUAGUAAGGUUAACAGUGGCUUUUAAUGUCAAGACAUGAACUGUGUUUUUUCAUUUUUUCAUGUUUCUUUCACAAAAUCCUACAAAUCUUUAAAAUCUUUAUCAAAUUUAAUGUUGAUUUUUCAUAUCAAUAACUGCAUGUUUCUUACUAGUGCUUUUUUAUAAUAUUUCUGCUGUGUUGUGAUUUGUGGUGUCUGACAUUAUUUUAAAUAAAAAGCUUUCAUUUUCA